AGGACAAAGAGGCCCCAGAGGAGGGAGGGAAGCUUUGAGAGACACUGCUGAAAGACGGUACCAGGCUAAGGAAGGUGGACUGGAAGCAUGUCCUGGCUGGGAUUGGGGCCCAUGGUGGCCUCACCAUGGCUUCUCUUAUUGUUGGUUGGGGUGUCCUGGAUCUUGGCCCGUGUCCUAACGAAAAUCUACAUUUUGUAUGAAAAAUAUCAUCAUCUCUGUGGUUUCCCUCAGCCACCCAAGAGGAACUGGUUCUUGGGUCACCUGGGCAUGGCCCCUCCCACUGAGCAGGGCAUGAAGGAACUGACGAAGCUGGUGGAAACCUACCCCAGGGGCUUUAUGACCUGGUUGGGCCCAAUGGUUCCCAUGGUCACUUUGUGCCACCCCGACAUCAUCCGAUGUGUGCUCAAUGCCUCAGCCGAGGUUGCUCUGAAGGACAUGAUCUUCUAUAGCUUCCUGAAGCCCUGGCUGGGGGAUGGGCUCUUGGUAAGUGCUGGUGACAAGUGGAGCCACCACCGUCGCAUGUUGACGCCGGCCUUCCAUUUCAAUAUCCUGAAGCCCUAUGUGAAGAUUUUCAAUGACAGCACUAACAUCAUGCAUGCCAAGUGGCAGCACCUGACUUCAGGGGGCAGCACCCGUCUGGACAUGUUUGAGAACAUCAGCCUCAUGACAUUGGACAGUCUGCAGAAAUGCAUCUUCAGUUUUGAUAGCAACUGUCAAGAGAAGCCCAGCAAGUACAUUGCCGCCAUCUUGGAGCUCAGUGCACUGGUUGUCAAAAGACAUGAGCAGCUGCUUCUGCAUAUGGACCUGCUUUACCGCCUCACCCCAGAUGGGACACGCUUCCAUGAGGCCUGCCGCCUGGUGCACGACUUCACAGAUGCUGUCAUCCAGGAGCGUCGCCACACCCUCCCUGAUCAGGGUGUAGAUGACUUCCUUAAGGCCAAGGCUAAGGCCAAGACUUUGGACUUCAUUGAUGUGCUGUUGCUGACCAAGGAUGAAGAUGGAAAGCAGUUGUCAGAUGAUGACAUCCGAGCAGAGGCUGACACCUUCAUGUUUGCAGGACAUGACACCACAGCCAGUGGGCUCUCCUGGAUCCUGUACAACCUGGCAAAGCAUCCAGAAUACCAGGAGCGCUGCCGCCAGGAGGUGCAGGAGCUCCUGAGGGACCGUGAGUCUACAGAGAUUGAAUGGGACGACCUGGCCCAGCUGCCCUUCCUGACCAUGUGCAUCAAGGAGAGUAUGCGUCUGCAUCCCCCGGUCACAGUCAUAUCCCGCCGCUGCACCCAGGACGUUCCACUCCCGGAUGGCCGGGUCAUCCCCAAAGGUGUAAUCUGUCUCAUCAGCAUCUUUGGGGUUCAUCACAACCCAUCUGUGUGGCCGGACCCUGAGGUCUAUGACCCCUUCCGCUUUGACCCAGAGAACAUCAAGGACAGGUCACCACUGGCAUUUAUUCCCUUCUCCGCUGGGCCCAGGAACUGCAUUGGACAGACGUUCGCCAUGAACGAGAUGAAGGUAGCGCUGGCGCUGACGCUGCUGCGCUUCCGCGUCCUGCCUGACGACGCGGACGCCAAGCCGGGCAGAAAACCUGAGCUGAUCCUGCGCUCCGAGGGCGGGCUGUGGCUGCGGGUGGAGCCGCUGAGUGCCCGCGCGCAGUGACCCCGGGAGUGGCCCUGGUGAGAGUGAGGCGGACUGGCUGGUUGCUUUGAGCCAAACACCUCUGACUUCCUCCUGAUGACCUCAGACCCUUAAAAUGAAGGCUGGACUACUCUCUGAGCAAUAGGGCGCCUAGGGGAGGUGACUGAACAGGAGAAGGAUUAGGAUGAAGGGAAGAUUUGAGCUGAUUUUUGGACCCUUAGCUAUGCCAGGUUUCCACCACCUUCACCUUCAUUCUAAUCACUUAAUACUCCCAUCUCCUUUCAUCUAGGAACUAUUUUUUUCUGUGGGCACUAAUUAAUAUGCAUAUUAAACUUAACAAGCCAGCA